CUGAAAUGUGCCUCCACAAACAUAUGGAAGACUGCUAAUUUGUCAGUUGUCCAGCAGGCAGCUAAUAAUAUUAUGUACUAUAUAUAAAGAAGGUGAGCCACACCAGAAGGUGAUUAGGCUGGCUGUUCACAAGAAUAGAAGAUGAGUGGAAUAAAGAAGGAUAGUGGAGAAAGACACAGAAGCAAAAGGGAUCAUUUCAGCCUUGAGACAAAUGUGAAUCAAAGCCCAUUCAAGAGUUUGGGGAAUAUUCACCAGACCUGGAUUGAGACUGGAGUCAGUGCUUCAAAAGCUACCGCACAGGUCCAGGGUGAAGUUCUCACAAUCAUUUAGGACACCAUGCCAUCUGCUGGCGUUGGUGAGGUUUUUCCUCUAAACAUUUAAACAGUCUGAGAAAGACCAGUUAAAGAGUUUGUGUGUUUUUUUUAGUUUUUUUUUUAGUUUUUGAUAACUUACUUUACGACAUUUGAGCAAAUUGGAGGCAUUUUUUGUGGCGUACUUUAAAGCAACACCUCAAACUGCUUUCUUGUGUUACAUCUUGUUUAAAAAAAAAAAAAAAAAAAGCAAAAUAAAUCAGCAAAGGUAUUAGGAAGAGAAGCGUGAACCUCCACAAGUCUGAUUCAUCCUUGGAUACAUAUUCCAGCCGCCUGACAGUGCCACGUUCUUCUGUUUAAACAUUUAUAUGGAAGUAUAAACACCAGGGAAAUAUUCAGCCAUUGUACCGUUCAGGAAGGACGAAUGUGCUUUGGUGCCAAAUGUACAUAUCCACCCAAAGGACAAACGCAAACAACCUUGUCAGGAGGCUGAAGCUGCUGAGAGUGUCAGUAUCCACAAUGAAACAAGCAAUUCACCAACACGGCCUGGAAAGCCUGUCAGAAAAAUGGCUAUUGAUCUAAAAGCAGCAGCAACAACUAAAUAAGAUUACAGUUUCCAAAUGCCUUCAGGGUUGAAGACAUGCACUGCAUUUCUACUCUGUUCUACUCUCGUCCAUGGGUGUCCAGUUCCUUUACUCAAGGCCUGGUAUCCUGAAAGUUUAGAUGAGCCUCUGCUCCAACUACCUCAACACGAUGUCAAAGUUCUGGAGAGGCUCGCAAAUUAACCAUUAUUUGAUCCAGGUGUGUUGAACCAAAGAAAAAAAAUUCAAACUGAUUUUGAACACCUCUGCUAUUACAUUUGAGGGAAAGAGAGGGAAACUUGCAAACCCUGCUGUGAAGUAGUCCGUUGUGAAGUGCAAUGAAUGAACGUUCUAGCAAACUACUGGUGACGCUUGUACAAGGACACCCUGGACAACUGACCAAAAACACACUUAAAAUGCACAGGUGUUGGAAUGAACAGGUCCAGGUCCAGUAGGGAUAGAAAAGUUCCCCAGCCUCCGGGCACCAGGUCAACCCGCAGCUCCAGCUCCCAGGCCAGGCAUCCAGGACCUGCAGAACCCCAGGACUCGUGGCAGGGUCCGUAUGGAAAGCAACGAAGGAAGCAGCCUGACUCGGCUCUGGCUCAGGACCUCAGCCUGAUGAGUGUGAGCAGACCGGACUCUGCAAGUAAAGGAACGAUGUCCGCAGCUGGCAGUGUUCCCAUGCAGGUCUGUCCGUCCUCUGAGUCCACAUCUGACCAGAUCGUUCCAUCUUCAUUCCCGGUGAAGUCCUCUUCUUCCCGGAGCGGCCUGUUGUCGGUGGCUCGGCUUGUGAAACUGGGCCGCUGUAAGAACAUACUGGUGGUUGUAGGAGCGGGAAUCAGCACGCCCAGCGGCAUCCCAGACUUCCGGACUCCAGGAACGGGUCUCUAUGCCAACCUGGAGAAGUACAACAUCCCUUACCCUGAGGCCAUUUUCAACAUCGACUACUUCUCCAACGACCCCCAGCCUUUCUUCUCCUUGGCCAAGGCUCUGUAUCCUGGCUGCCACCGUCCCAACUACAUCCACUACUUCAUCCGCAUGCUCCACCACAAAGGUCUGCUGCUCCGGCUGUACACCCAGAACAUCGAUGGGCUGGAGAAAGUGUGCGGCAUCCCUGAAGACAAACUCGUGGAGGCCCACGGUAGUUUUACCACAGCUUCCUGCCACCUGUGCUACACGCCGUAUCCUGCCGAGGAGGCUAAAGUUGCUAUAAUGACUGACAACAUCCCCACCUGCUCCUUCUGCGCCGCUACUGUCAAACCUGACGUUGUGUUUUUUGGAGAAGACCUCCCAGAGAAAUAUUUUCUCCACACGAAAGACUUCCCCAAAGCAGACCUGCUCAUCAUCAUGGGGACUUCUUUAAAGAUCGAGCCUUUUGCUAGCCUAGUGAAUACGGUGCGCUCCACUGUGCCUCGUCUGCUCCUGAACCGGCAUGCUGUGGGCCCCUUCGAGAGGGUCCCGCUGCGGAGAGGGGACCACAUGGAGCUGGGGGAUCUGGCAGACUCGGUCAGGAGGUUCGCAGAGAUCCUUGGCUGGAGCGGUGAAAUCGAAGAAAUGAUGAGGACUCAGGAAAAGUCGGGCAUCCCUCCUGUGGUAACCAAUGGAUCAUCAUCAUCAUCAUCAUCAGAGACUGAAGACAUGCAGACAUCCAGACCAGGCGCUGAAGGAAGCUGCAGCGAGGACACCGACUCAGAAACGGACAGCAAAAGCUCUGCGUCUUCCAGAGCAAGCAAAUAACUCCUCAGCCUGUAAUACAACAGUUCAGGAGAAAUUCAUUUCAGCUGCUCUGUAAAUAUGCAGGUUGUUUUGCUUCACAUCUGUCAUAGUCAAUGUGAAGUGUUUGUUUUGUUUAUAUGUAGAUAUAAGGUGGUUAAUCUAGUUUCCAUCCAGAACACUAGUAAAUAUUCCCCAAAGUGAUUUUUAUAUGUCCAAGGCUAAUAAAGUUGUUUUAUCUCAAUCA